AUGGAAGAAGUCUUGCACUGUGUGUUGUGCAUAUCUCAGGCGAUGGAGGGUCUCAUUCCUCAUCCUACUGAAGCAGCUAAAAAAAAAAGGGAAUUUAGAGAAGAAUAUCUGGAUAAGAAAGCAGCAUUCACAAAGAAAUGGUAUAAGCGGAAGGGAAAACACAACGAUGAAGCCCAAGUGACGCCUAUCCUAGAAGAGCUGGGCUUCACUGGAGGCGGAGGCGACGCCAAUGGUGAAGGUGGUGCCAGUGAUGGAGGCGACGUCUAUGUCUUUGAUUCAGGCGACGUUCAAAUGGGGAUUAAGGUACUAGAGGGUGGCUCCACCAGUAAGGGAUCCAUCAGCAGCGACAAGCGCACUACUAGGCAACUUCAUCGUGUCGAGAGGGGUUAG